CUUCCCAGCCCCGGACCCCGCGAGAGGGCGCUGGCGGGGCCGCGCCGCUUCCCGGGAAGGCUGAAGUUUGAAAAAGUGCCGGUCGUUGGCGGCGUAGCACGGAAUGAUGGCGGCGGGGAGCCCGCAGGGCAGCUGCCUCUUGCAGCUGGGCAAUGGUGUGAACUUAAUGGAUCCAAGCUUCCAGCAAAAACUGGAGGGUGAAAAGGAACUACUUCGUCGUGCUAUACAGAAAGAACUGAAAAUUAAAGAGGGAGCAGAAAACCUGCGUAAAGCAACAACAGACAGAAAAAAUCUUGCUCAUAUAGAGCACGUGCUGAAAUCCUCCAACCGCAAACUGGAACAACUUCAUUGGGAACUUCAGGAGCUGAAUGCGAGGAUUGUAAUAACUGACAAGGAGGACAGCAAGACAGUUUGUGCAGAUGGAUCUUUAUCUCCUGACCCUUGCCUCUGGGAAAGAAACCCAGAUCCCCUGGCAAGGAAGGUUGAAGCUCUGAAAAAGCAGCUGCAUGUUGAAAUGAAAGUCAAGCAAGGAGCUGAGAAUAUGAUCCAGAUGUAUUCAAGUGCAACAUCCAAGGAGCGGAAGCUGCUGGCUACAGCUAAGCAGAUGCUUCAGGAUAGUAAGACAAAGAUUGAAAUUAUCCGCAUGCACAUCGUGAAGGUAUCUCAGUCAGCAGGAGGGAUGGAAGAUACGGUGGAUCCAGCAGUGAGGCUGGGAGCCACCAUCAGUGCUGUGGAGCUGCGCAUUGAGGAGCUGAGGCAUCGUCUACGCAUUGAAGCUGCUGUCGCUGAGGGGGCAAAAAAUGUGCUGAAGAUCCUAGGAGGGAGUCGUGUACAAGAUCGCAAAUUUUUGGCUGAGGCUCAGGGUCGUUUGCAAGAGUCCUCCCAGAAGAUUGACCUGCUGCGCUUGUCCUUGGAACGUCAGCUUAGUGGGCUUUCUCCAGAUCACCCAAAACGAGCACUCAUCAAGCAGGAAUUAGUAAAUACCUCUUCCCUGGGAGCUCAGCAUGGCAUUAUCCAACCCACUUCAGUCAUCAAACCUACAGCCCUUACAGGAACGUUGGAAGUGAGACUGAUGGGAUGUCAGGAUUUACUGGAAAAUGUUCCCGGCCGUUCCCGAAUGGCUGGUUCUUCUCCCAUCUGCGGCAGCCCAGGCGACUUGAAGUCCUUUUCCCUAACAAGAGUUGGCCUGGGUAUCCAUGGCCGUAGUGUUGCAGGAAAGUACCUGCGAAAUGAAGAGCUGUGUAAUGAAGUCCUUGCUGUGCUCAAAGUGGACAAUAAAGUCGUUGGCCAAACAAACUGGGGACCAGUAAAUAACCAGGCAUGGGACCAGAGCUUUGUCAUUGAGCUAGACAGGUCUCGUGAACUCGAAAUUUCAAUUUAUUGGAGAGACUGGAGAGAACUGUGUGCAGUGAAGUUCUUACGUUUGGAUGAUUUCCUUGAUAAUGAACGCCAUGGGAUGUGCCUCUUGCUUGAACCCCAAGGAAUGCUUUUUGCAGAGGUGAUGUUCUGUAAUCCUGUCAUUGAGAGAAAGCCAAAACUGCAGCGACAGAAACGUAUUUUCCCCAAACAGAAAGGGAAAGAAUUUCUCCGAGCUCCUCAAAUGAACAUCAGUGUUGCUGCUUGGGGUCGCCUGAUGAUGAGCUUCCUCCCUCCAUGUAGUUCCAUUAGCACUCUGAGUCCCCCACUUCAUGAUUCCAUGCAUGCGGAUUUCUCUCCAGUUCCCCUACAAAAUCAUGUUAACUCAAUAACCAAGCUGAGUAGUGACUUUCCUGAGGCAAAGCUUACAUAUGGUGAUGAAGCACCACCCAAGCCUCCACGUCUCUUUCUGAUGGCCAAGUCCAAAGAACCAACACCAUCUCCUGCAGAUUCUCCGUGUCUGAAGAGGCUGCAUGUAGAGGAGAAGACUUGCAGCUCUGCUUUAACAGAAUUUGCAAUCCAGGCAUCUCCAAGGAAAGGGGCAGUUCAUCUUGAGGAUUUUCACUGCAUUGCCAUGCUGGGACGCGGCCAUUUUGGGAAGGUACUGUUGGCCCAAUACAAAGCAACUGGGAAGCUGUAUGCUAUCAAAGCCUUGAAGAAAAAAGAUAUCAUUAGGAGAGAUGAAAUUGAUAGCUUGAACUGUGAGAAGCGAAUAUUUGAGGUGGUCAAUUCUUCUGAUCAUCCAUUUCUUGUGAACAUGUUUGCUUGUUUCCAAACGCCUCAUCAUGCUUGUUUUGUGAUGGAAUACACUCCAGGAGGUGAUCUUAUGAUGCGCAUACAUGAAGAUGUUUUUCCAGAGCGUACAGCACAGUUUUACACAGCCUGCGUAGUCUUGGGACUCCAAUUUCUGCAUGAGAAGAAAAUUGUUUAUAGGGACCUGAAAUUGGAUAAUCUGCUUUUAGAUGCUGAAGGAUUUGUGAAGAUUGCAGAUUUUGGACUGUGUAAGGAAGGAAUAGGUUUUGGAGACCGCACAAACACCUUCUGUGGUACUCCUGAAUUUCUGGCUCCAGAAGUCCUCACAGACAUCUCAUACACUCGGGCAGUAGACUGGUGGGGACUGGGUGUGCUCAUUUAUGAGAUGCUUGUUGGUGAGUCGCCAUUUCCUGGAGAUGAUGAGGAAGAAGUCUUUGAUAGCAUUGUCAAUGAUGAAGUCCAGUAUCCACGAUUCCUUUCAUCAGAGGCACUUUCUAUUAUCCGUAAGCUUCUUCGAAAGUGUCCAGAGCGUAGACUGGGAGCAGGGGAAAAAGAUGCAGAAGAGGUUAAAAUCCAGCCUUUUUUUAAGGAAAUGGAUUGGGAUGCUUUGUAUGCCAAGACUCUGAAGCCCCCUUUUGUGCCCACUCUAAAAGAUCCAACAGACAUUAGCAACUUUGAUGAAGAGUUUACAUCACAGAAGCCAAUUCUGACUCCUCCAGAGGAAGUUGCUCUCCUAAGCCGUAAGGAGCAGGCUGUCUUCAAGGACUUUGACUUUGUCUCCAAACACCUUUUGUAUGCUUGAUUCCUGUGCUUAAGAAACACGAACAAAUAAAUUGUUACCAUCUUGAGAGGGCUUAGAGAGGACUUGGCAUGGGCAAUGGAAAAGUCAACAAACUUCAUAGAAUGGGUAGUGGUGAAGUGCUCUGCAAGCUGUUACUCUGCUGUGUUUUUUUCAGCCUUGCUUGCUGGAGGAAUACUGGAUGUGAAUUACCUUUGAGAAGUUCACUUUUGACUAGAUGUGUCUUCUGCUGCCACUGAAUAUAUAUAUAUAUAUAGUAAUUUGGAAUUUAAUCUGAAUUUAAUUUAAUGAUUUAAUGUGUCAUCUCUGCCUCCCAGGUUACUCUUUACAAAGAGCCAAAGGAAUGCAGCUCUUUUGGGUUACAUCAUACCAGGGAGAAUGGGCACUUCUCUCCUGUUUUCUAGAAGAGAGAUGCAGUGCUCCUUCUUUGUAAUGAUUUUAUUCCUGUUCCCACUCACGUGUAUGCCAGAGAAGGAAUGGAUUUUAACACAACUGAGAUAAUGAUGUUUGAGUUUGGUAAUGAUCCAAGUGAUGUUGGAUCUUAAGUAAAAACAAAACAAAACUCUUUAUACUUCUUUCAGGAUGUGAAAUCUUAGCUAUGGAUUUUAAUAAUAUAAAGAAGCCACCAUUUUGCACAUGCUUUCUUUUCCUUUUUUUUUUGAAAAUA